AUGUUUCCAGCUGGGAAGCUACCAGAGCAUAACCAUGUGCCAUGGAGGGGUGAUUCUUGUCUUGAAGAUGGAAACUUUCCAGGGAGCUCUUACAAAGAUUUGGUUGGAGGCUAUUACGAUGCUGGAGAUGCUAUCAAAUUCAACUUCCCCAUGUCUUUUGCAAUGACCAUGUUGAGCUGGAGUGUUAUUGAAUACAGUGCAAAGUACGAAGCUGCCGGUGAGCUCAACCAUGUUAAACAACUCAUCAAAUGGGGAACUGACUACUUUCUCAAGACUUUUAAUUCUAGUGCUGAUACUAUCUAUCAAAUGGUCACACAGGUCGGAUCUGGAAAUACCGAUGGACCAAAUGUAGUGCCUAAUGACCAUUACUGUUGGAUGCGUCCUGAGGACAUUGAUUACCAAAGACCUGUUUCUAUAUGUUACAGUAGUUGCUCCGAUCUUGCUGCGGAGAUGGCAGCCUCUUUGGCUUCUGCAUCCAUUGUAUUCAAGGACGACAAAGUAUACUCACGAAAGCUUGUUCACGGUGCUAAGACGCUCCAUGAGUUUGCAAAGUCUAGCAAAGGUAGAUACAGUCCAAAUUCACAAGAGUCUAGCAAAUUUUAUAACUCAAGCAUGUAUUGGGAUGAGCUUAUAUGGGGUGGUGCUUGGAUGUAUUUUGCUACUGGAAACGUAACCUAUCUUGAUCGAGUUACCAGUCACGCUUUGGCCAAAAAUGCUGGUGCCUUCUCGGGUGGCCCUUAUUAUGGCGUAUUUAGCUGGGACAACAAGCUUGCUGGGGCUCAGGUGUUGUUGAGCCGGUUGAGACUGUUUCUUAGCCCUGGAUAUCCAUAUGAAGACAUGUUGAGCAACUUUCAUAAUCAAACCAACAUAGUUAUGUGUUCCUACUUACCUUAUUUCAACAAGUUUAACAGAACCAAAGGAGGUUUGAUCCAGCUGAAUCAUGGAGGUCCACAACCUCUCCAGUAUGCUGCAAAUGCGGCUUUCUUAGCGGCGUUGUACAGUGACUAUCUUGAUGCUGCUGAUACUCCCGGAUGGUUUUGGGGAACGAUACCCGAAACACGUACAUCACAGAGGAGCUUCAAUUCCGAAGAACAAAAAGAAACAGAGUUGCAAAGGAGGAUGGAAAUGGAGAGAGAGCAAAAACAAAAUCCAAACAGGAUUGAAGGAGCAAUGGUUGCUGGACCCGACAAGCAUGACGGAUUCCACGACGUGCGUACAAACUACAACUACACAGAGCCGACUCUAGCGGGCAAUGCAGGUCUAAGUUGCUUUCAACAUUAG